CUCUGUUAGAAUUGGGUGACUCCGGACUUCACUAGUAAAUCCUUUCAUUCCUUCUUGAAGCCAAUGGAUAUCGUCUCUGUUGAGGUAACCGGCUCCCUGGAUGCUGUCACCCCCUGCAGGACAGAUGUGAAAUGGAUGACUGACCAAGAAAACUAUGAGAACACAAUCUCCAGCUUCUCCAACCCAAGUUACUCUAAGUUUUGCUGUCCUCCUGUAUCCUCGCUUACUGCUGGGAGUCUGGAGCCCUGUGCUGCUGAUUCUCCUUAUGGGCUCUUCUCUUGCCACGGAGAUGAGGAAAUCAAAAGGCAUGAUGCCGAUGUGCCUGAGAAAAAUAUAGAAGUUAAAAAGUUGCUUUCCAAGUGCAGCAGCAACAGUGAGUCUAUUCCGAUGAUUUCAGACUAUGAGAAAGUCGAAAAGCUCCAAUUUGUGUGUUUCAGAUUAGAGAGUGUAGAUUCAGGAAUGUUCAGUGGGGAAGAGGUCAGUCAGGACAACAUGGAGGCAGACAGCAUCAAUGCCACUGAUGCCGGAAGUCUGGGCAAAGAAGAGAAGGAGGCACAGGAUGUGAGAAAUGGGAGUUUUCAGAUGUUGUUUGGGAAGAGUGGAAUUGAUUUCGAUAAAGAGUCUAUUAAGGUUUGCUGUGAUUACAAACGAGUCACAGAGCUGCAGGCUGCCAGCACUGAGUUCCCAACCCUGGAGCCAGGCAUCAAUAGUGGAGGUGAAGAAGGCAAAGACAGCAAAUUUGAGGUUUGGAUGGAUGGAUGAGUUCCUUUCUUGACUAUUACUUUGUUUGUAUGGCAAUAAAUGCUGAUGUAAUCAAAAUCUGAUGAUUUUGAAAACAAGGGGCUAACAUGCAUAUACAUAAAAUACUAAUAAAGACUUUAGAAAAAAAAAAUCAUGACUAACAAAAAUCCAAUUGUAAUCUAAAAUGUUGACUCUGAAAUUGGAGUACACAAACCUGUGCUUCGGAGUUUAGAAGACUUACGUGGCUCAAUGGGAUUCCUUGUUUGUGGAAAGUGAAAUGUACUCUGCAUUAACAAGAUGAACACUGUAUAAUCUGCACCCAGCUUUGUUCCCUACAGACUUACCUAAGAAAGGGAGUUGACUGCAUCACUGUUGCCAGGGAAUGCCAUCAGCACAACUGCUGCGCACUCAACUCGUUCUGGCUCUUCUUUAGAUGCGACUAUGUACCUUAAUGCAUCUAUUCUUUUGCUGCAAACCUUUGGGAGCUUUGUGGAUGUAUUGAGAUAACUGUGCUUGUGUCAAUGAACAAAUCCAAGUGAGGCUCGGAAAACCUUUGGACUUACAAACAAAAAAGGAGCUGUCUGUCAAAGCAACAUGUUUCGCUGUCUGAUUGUUAGAGGUCUUUGUACAAGCUGUUAGACGGCGAAUUUAAACAUCAAAAAGCUCUCAUGGACAAGACAACAAAACCUCAAGGAAUGAGUGCCUUUGAGUGACGCAAUGGCGUUUGGUCAUGGCUCAAAGAAGUCAGUUUCAUGUGACCAAGGGAUAACACCUGCUUCUGCGAACAGUGGGCAGGUAGAAGAUGCCACACAAAACGUGGCCACAACAACUGGGAGGACAAGGUCCUGCAAGUUUGUUCUUGCCUUCCUCAUCGUCGUCAUCGUGAUCUUUAUACUUGCAGGGGCCACUCUAGCCUGGUACUUCCUGGAGUACAGGGUCUGGGGGUUAGAGCCUCGUGCUCAGCAACAGUACACAGCUUACCUAACAAUCCUCAACAGGCCCUUCUCCCCAGACAUGUCCUCUCACAACAGUCCUGUGUUCAAGAAAGAAGCUAAUGGAGUACAGAACAUGGUAAAGAAGAUCAUGAGAGCCUCCUGCCUUUCUCGAUACUUUAACUAUACCACUGUGUUUGCAUUUGGAGAGGGGAGUGUAGUGGCUCACUUUUGGAUAAUGCUGGCUGUGCCCGACAGUCAUGUUGGGAGAGUUACAUUGGAGAAGGUCAACAGCAGCCUGGAGACUGGCCUGAGGGCGUACAGCGGAUCAGAAAUGGAAGAAACAGCCAGCGUGGAUGGCUAUGUGUUGCAUCUCCCAACAAUGUCUGUCACUGAAACGGAACCUAAAGUUAUAGAACUUUUGCAAGCUUCCUUUGAUUGUUAUCGCUAUCAGAAGGUGGUGUCCAGUAGUCCAGUGGCUCUGCAGGGCCCCAACACGCAGCGCUCCUCCUGCUUGUGGCACCUGCAGGCCCCUCCUGGCUCCCUGCUGGAGCUCCACAUGGAAUGGCUGCUGCCCGAGUGCAGAGAUAGGCUGGUGGUGUACAACUCCCUCACACCCUCUGAUGAUCAUCUCAUCACAUCUGUUUAUGGCUGCAACAGACACGAACCCAUAGUACGUGUCCUUUCCUCAAGCGAGUGGAUGACAGUGGUUUGGAAACAGGGUCUUUACAAUUACAAGGACCCCUUUUCUUUGUCUGCUCAAGCCUGGGCCCACCAAGGCUGUAAUUCUUCUAUACAACUGAAGGCAGUACCAGGGAUCCAGGGGACAUUAAGGACACCUUUCUUUCCCAGCUACUACCCUCCAAACACCAAUUGCACCUGGAGUUUUACAAUGCCCAGUACUGGGAUGGGUUUGACUCUGGAGUUCGAGGGUUAUGAGCUGGGCAGAGCCAGUUUUAGCCAGGCAUGUACACAAGGACAGUGGAUAAUUCAGAACCGCAGACUGUGUGGUAUCAGGGGUCUGCAGCCGUACAGCGAACGCAUCUUCCUGACCUCCGUGACAACGACUGUUGUCAUGACGUCGGCGGUGUCCCUCACAGGGCCGGGCCUUCAGCUGCACUACAGCAUCUUCAACCUGUCAGACCCUUGCCCGGGGCAGUUCCUGUGCACUGUGAACGGGCUUUGUGUUCCUAUCUGUGAUGGGAUCAAAGACUGUCCCAAUGGACUUGACGAGAGGAACUGUGUGUGCGUGGCACAGUAUACGUGCCCGGAAGACAGCAAGUGUGUGGACUACUACAAACUAUGUGACCAAUACCCAGACUGCCCUGAGGCCUCAGAUGAGAUGAACUGCACUGAUGGUGUGCAGUGUACUGAUAUGACCUACAUGUGUACUGAUGGGACAUGUCUCAAGAAGCCAAACCCCGAAUGUGACUACACCACCGACUGCCCUGAUGCCUCAGAUGAGAAACAGUGUGACUGUGGCCUGAGACAGUUCUCCAGUCGAAUCGUUGGGGGUACGGACGCCUCAGAAGGAGAGUGGCCGUGGCAGGCGAGCUUGCAAGUGCGGGGUACCCACAUUUGUGGGGGGGCCUUAAUCUCCAGUCAGUGGGUGGUGUCUGCUGCCCACUGUUUCUAUGAUGACAGUCUCUAUUCCCCUUCAGUGUGGACAGUCUAUCUUAGUAAACUGCUGCUCAAUAAAAGCAGCUCCAUAGAAGAAGUGGUGAGAGUUAAGCGCAUCCAUCUUCAUCACUACUAUGAUGACGAGACCCACGACUAUGACGUGGCCCUGCUAAAGCUGGACCGGUCGGCCAUCGCACUGCGGGCUGGACAUGCUCGACCUGCCUGCCUGCCACCGCCCACCCACCAGCUGGAGCCCGACCUGCUCUGCUGGGUCACUGGUUGGGGAGCUCUGCAUGAAGGAGGCCGUGCCAGUAAUAUUCUUCAGAAGGUGGACGUUCGCCUGGUCAGUGAAGAAGAUUGCGUUCGCUCUUACGGCCACUUGGUUACUCCCAGAAUGCUUUGUGCUGGUUAUCGUAGCGGAGGGAAAGAUGCCUGUCAGGGGGACUCUGGAGGCCCUUUGGUGUGUCAGGAACCAUCGGGUCGUUGGUUUUUGGCUGGGGUGGUGAGCUGGGGCAAAGGCUGUGCACGAGCAGACUACUACGGCGUCUACACUCGCAUCACGAGACUGACGGACUGGAUUAACCGGAUCAUCAGCGUCCCCUGAGUCACUGAGGUUCUUCAUCAUUCAAAUCAAUGUUAUUUAAACCUUGAAUGCAACUUAAAUGGGAAGAGAGACAAUUCAAGAUGCUUUUCAUCCAGCAGCUAAUAAUAAAGGAAUAAAGCUUGUAUCAUUUUUUAUGUACCACUUCUAAUAUGGAAUGUUACCAGCAUAAAACAAUCAUUUUCCACGUGUUUAUUGUUUAUGUUUAAAUUGUUACUCUUAAGAACCCAGGACGCAGAGUUUGUCACAGUGUUGCAACAAAAAAUCAACUCCCUCACGUGUCCUUUUUUAUUGACUUUGGGAAAAUUAUACUACAGACUACCAGUUUGCCAGGGAAAUUUGACUAAAACACCUUUUUUUGUUGAGUGUUUAUUCAUGCCAAAGAUAUCAUACCUGUAUGCAACACACACAAAGUUCUCUCUCUAUAAUCCCAAUAGUAUCAGAAGUAUAAAACAAGUGGA